AUGACCGCCCAAGUUGAGUCCGAGGUUGUUCUGUACGACUUGGCCUGCAUCAGGGGUGUCUGCUUCUCUCCGGUUGUUUGGCGCAUCCGCCUCAUGCUUAACUAUAAGCGUAUUCCUUAUAGAACUAUCUUCCUCGAAUUCCCGGACAUUGAGCCUACAAUGAAAGCGCUUGGCGUGGUCCCCGGCGAAUCCUCUUCGAGUUCUCAAUAUAAAUACACAGUGCCCGUCAUCCACCACAUACCAAGCAAUAUGUAUAUCAUGGAAUCCAUGCUCAUCGCACAAUUCCUCGAGUCGACCUACCCAGACCCGCCGGUACCGCUGACGACGGAACUGGGUCGUGAGAUCAUAUCUAAAUCACGUGAUGUUGUCGGGCCUGCCUUUCGCGCUUCCGUUAUGCCGCGCGAGAUAGGCAUUCUGUCGCCCCGUGCGCAGGAAUACUUCAGACGUACGCGUGAGGCUUCGCUCGGGUGCAGACUUGAGGACAAGCUUUCCGAAGAGGAGCAGAGCUGGAAAGCGGUAGGUGACAGCAUAGGUGCUGUCGUCCAGUUAAUGCAGACACACAAAGCCGAGGGGCCAUUUGUGCUGGGUGCGCGGCCAACCUACGCUGACUUCACCAUUACUGGGUCGCUACAGUCUGCCAGAAUUGUGGAUGAGAGUGUGUUCCAGAGGAUCUUCAGGCAUUCUGGGUAUAAGGAGAUUUAUGAAGCAUGUUUACCCUACAUGGAGAAGCAAGAUUGA